CCGGAUAUGGUUGCUUGCUAAAUGAGAGCUAGCGGUCAGUUGUACAUUUCAUUUGUCAGUGUUUAUCGUCUCUUAUAAGAAAAAUUAUAAAGUAUCCCUUGAAUUUAAAAGGGUCUAAAAAAUAUGGGCACCAACAUAAAAUUAAGCAAAUAUACUGAGUAACGACGAGGUCAAAGAGGUUCCCGCAAAACGAUCUAUAUCUUUUAGCGUAACAUAACGAGCUAAGUAGCUUAGCAUUGAUUAGCAUAUUUUGAAACCACAAUCAUGAGCCUCGCAGUUGGCCGCGAACCCAGAAAGACUGCGGGAAACCGUAUGUCCAAACUACUGGAUGCUGAAGAAGAGGAUGAGUUCUACAAGACCACUUACGGAGGCUUCAACGAUGAAUCGGGAGAUGAUGAGUAUCACGGAGAACAUUCAGACACAGAGGACGAGGUUGACAGUGACUUCGACAUCGAUGAGGGUGACGAGCCGGACAGUGACCAGGAGGAGGACGCACCUCGAAGGAAAAGUCGGGUUGUCACCAAAGCUUACAAGGAACCAAUAAAAGUGCCAAAACCCAAACCUAAAAGAACAGAGGAGCAGAAGAAGACGGAGAAAACUAAAGUGGAGCCAAAAAGGAGGAUUCCACAAGAAUUCCAAGAUUUUGCAGAGACUCGGAAGUCUGUCCGACAGUCCACCAGUGAACAUACACGAAAGACGAAUCUGCGCUUACAAGAACGCCAGGAUGCCCCGCGAAGGCGACGAGGCGCUCAUCGUGACCGACCCCUCACCCAGGAAGAGCUGCUGGCUGAGGCGAAAAUAACAGCCGAGAUCAACAUUCGAUCACUUGAAAACUACGAACGUCUGGAGGCAGACAAGAAGAAACAAGUCCACAAGAAGCGGCGUUUUGAAGGACCAACCAUCCGUUACCAUUCAGUCCUUAUGCCCCUCGUCUCAAACCCAGUCCUUAAAGAAGAAAAUGUUGAUGUUGAGGGGUUGGACCAGGACGUUCCCCAGACUGCACCGCAGAAUCCCACCACACCUUCCCAGCAGUCUGCCGGAGGCCUGUGCUCCCGCACUUAUAUAACAUUCAGUGACGACGAAGCGUUUGAGGUCGCCUUCCCGCCAAGCUCCCAGACGAGUCCUCAAGUGCCCAUCCAGGAGGUUUGUCCUGUUACCCACAAGGCCGCGCUGUACCGAGACCCAGUCACAGAUAUACCGUACGCUAACGCACGAGCCUUCCGCAUCAUCCGGGAAGCAUACCGCAAAUACGUGGCCGCUCAUGGAUUUCCGAACACUUCAGGAGGGUCGACGGUACUUGACUCUUCAGCAGCAAAGGGCGCCCGGCAGAAAAUGGUUAUGAAACAGAGUGCGGCUGCUACAUAGAUUAGUUUCAAAAAGAGGAUAAAGGAUUGGUUUCUGUUUGAAAUUCUCAGUGAAAUGAUCGAAAACACUGUUUUUAUUUCUGUCCUUACAGCUCACGAGGAGUCUAGUGGAAAAAACUGACAUUUUGGGUUUGAGCUGUCACUGAGCUGCUAAAAGGAAAAAAAACAAACAGUAGUAGAACCAAAACAGCUGCCGCAUGGCCUUAAAAUGUAAAAAGUCUUAUUUGUGAAGUCUGUGUGGAAAUCAGCUGAAAAAGGCGUGCAUCUGCACAGUGGCAGCUGUGAUUGUUCUUUUUAUUUAGUUUGUUUGUUUUAGAUUUAUGUUUUUUUUUUUACUUUUGUGUUUGCAAAUGUUCUCAUCAAAAAAAUAAAUUUUGGGAACUUGUAAUAAUUGAGAGUUAAACGAGUUCUGCUUUAUAAUAAAAAAUGGGACGUCUGCACAGCGGGAACCACAGGAAAAACUGGGGAAAUAAGCCCAUCAUCAUAAAAUCAUCUUUGUUUUCACCAGGCUAAAAUCCAUUUAAUCUGUCAUGCCCGUCUUAAUUUACAGUUUAGUAUUUGUUUUUUGUUUUUUUUGUUUUUGAGUGAUAGAAGGCAAAGAACUAAAUGUCAUGUUUUGGUUUUUAAUUUUCAGUCCAGCACCGUAACUAAAAAAAACAUCAGACUGUUUUGGAAAACCUGGGCCCUGGAGUUUAAUUAAUUGUCUGCGUCUGACAAAUCACUGAGACACUUUUAAUUGAUCAAAGCUUUAAAUCCUCCCUCCUGUUAUACAUUUUAAUUUUUAACACAGAAGCAAGCAUAAGAUAUUCUCUUUUAUGGGUGAGAGCGAGGCAGUUUCUUCCACACAUUUAUCUCCUGGUUCUUUCUUAAUGUGUAGUCUGAUAGUUUAAAUUUUAUUUUAUUUCCUCUAUCUGCCUCUAUGCAGACAGGGCUGUCUCAUCGAGCAUUCAGAGUAUAUUCUAGUUCAUCGUGAGGCUUUUAUAAAAUGUUUUUUUUUCUCCUCUCUGAAUUGUUAAUGGCGGAAAAUUGCUUGAGCUUCAGUCUCGAACAAUACUGCUUUGCUGAUCCCUUUGGGACCUUAAAUUAGCUUUUCUAUAUUUAUUCUCUGUGUGUAAUCACAGAGAGACAGAGUAAGCCCUUAACACAGCUGAGUGCUUGACUAGUGUGAAACCUUUGACCCCUUCUACACCGAACUACUCCCCUGCACAAUGUCCCAUAGUCCCAGCACUCAUAAACCCCCCAAAUACAAUUAAUUAAGUUUCAAGGCCUCAGAUAAUCAAAGGUUUCACAUUUAUUUUAUUAGAAACAGCAAUUUGUUUUGUUUUUUAGCUGUAUCACAGGAGAUUUACAUUCAGCCUUCACCUGGGAGCAGAAUCGAUGACUGGUGAAGCCGUCUCUGAUCUCGUUUGGAGUUUCAGGUUCAGGCAGAUGCUUUGCCUUUGCAGGAAAACUUGUUUGUUUCAAGCAGAUUCUUACCUGUGUUUCCAGUAAAUGCCCUGAUGAUGUUGAGCACAGCAUCUCUGAACAGUCUGUGUUCUGGUGCAUAAGUAACCAGGCUUCUUUGUUUUCAGCUCAUCUCAACUCUGCACAGCAGAUAUUACUGCAUAUUUGAUUUGGCGUAGAUUUUACACCAGAUGCCCUUCACAAAGCUACACAUCCAUUUAUCUGGGCUUGAAGCUGGCACUAGGAAUACACUAGCGUCCUACCCCUUAGACUUGGUUUGUCUACUCCCAGUCUCAAGCUGUGGGUCAUUUGUGUGUAAGUUUGAAAACCACUGACAACAAAACUCAUUCAUUUGCUUCUCUACUGACGCAUUAGAGUAACCUGUGAACCUAUGAGGUACUGAUAGUUCAGAAUAUGUAAAUCUUUAAUCGCCUGAUGACAUUCAUUAUAAAAAUGUUUCAAAAUUUUAAUAAUCUAAAAGCAGAACCUUAGUUAUCUAGAUAACGUGACAGAGCCAAAUUCUACCACUGUAAGUAUUAAAUGCUGUGUUCUAAUAUUACACACUCUAACAACACUUUAUUUGGUACACAUUGCCAGUGCUGGUUUGACCCCCACCACCAUCCUGCCCCCCCUUUGCUUUAAUUCUUUUUGGCAUAGAUUCAACAAGAUGCUGGAAACAUUCCUCAGAGAUUUUGGUCCAUGUUUACGUGACAACAUCACACAGUUACUGCAGAUUUGUUGGCUGCACAUCUAUGAUGUGAAUCUCCUGUUCCACUAAAUCCCAAAUGUUCUCUGUUGGACCGAGAUCUGGUGACUUGUUAGAAUUUGCUAAGCUGUGUGAAUUCUAGCCUUAGUUUCCUGUUCUUUAGCUGAAAGAAAUGGCAGCUAGUGUGGUCUUCUGCUGCCUCAGCGUGCAUUCAGAGAUGCUCUUCUGCAUUCCUUGGAUGCAACGAGUGGUUGUGAGUUACUGCUGCCUUCCUAUUGAUUCAAAACAGUGUGACCAUUCUGCUUUGACCUCUGGCGUCAACACGUGGAUAUUUUGUCCUUUUUGGACCACUCUCUAGAAAUCCUAGACAUGUCUGUCUACAUGUCUAAAUGCACUGGUUGGCUUAUACUUGUAAACGAGCAGUUGAAUAGAUCUACAUAAUGAAGCUCAGCCUCCAAAAGAAGCUGCUUAGAGCUGGAAAAAUGAAACACAUUGAGGGAACAAUAAAUAAAUAAUUGGUUUAUAAAGUGAACAAGAAGAAAAAGAGUGCCUAUAAAAGUACAUUGUGCAUACUCAUAAGUAUGUAUUGGAAAUGAGAACAAGGAUGUCACCUUUCCAAAUAUCCCCUCCCCCCCUUGGAUGUGUUAACUGAUCGGAAACACUUGUGUAAACUGAGACCUUUUUAAAAUUACCGUCACCUGAUGAAAGAUGGUGCAUUUAUUAAGGCAGUGAUCUACUGAAGUGAAUAAUUCAUUACUUAAAUGUCAUUUACAUACACAUGAAUGCUGAUUUAAAGUUGCCAUUAAGACCAAAAUGUCACAUUUACAAAGAGAGGAGCAAAGAGAGUCAAGUCACCGUAGAAACGAGUCAAAAAAGAUAAAAGCUCCUCCAUUGUUCAGAUGCUCUCAGUCGAGAUGCAAACAAUGUCGCAUGCAAAGUGAGGAAGCAGAAGCAGAUCAGCCAUCUGUAAGUUCUCCCAGCAGGCCAUCCGACAGCCAGGCUUACUCGCCCUGUGUUUGUCAUAUGCUGAGCUGACAGACUUACUGUACCUUGCAUUAAUCAUGAGAGUAAACCAAAAAAAAAAAAAAAGAUCCCUCCAAACUGAUGUGA